GGACAAUGAAAGAAAGAAACCGAGGACAGAUUUAGCAGAUGAAAAAGGCGGUGGUGACCCAGAUCAAGCUAACCACAGGACCGCCCGCCGCGUGCGAUUUAAGGGGGGGAGGAGGUAGAGUGAGGGGAUGCAGUCAGUGUGAAAUGUCAACGAGGAGUUUAGUGGUUUUAUUUAAACGUCCAGCUGCACUUUCUUUGUGAGUUCCAAUAAUCUCGGAGGCACAGAGGGAGCGGGUCGGGAGAGGGCUUGAAGGGGGUUGGGGAGUGAAAGAGAGGAAGGAAGAGGGUGGGUUCGUCAGGAAAGUAGAGAGGAGCUGAGAGUUUUCUGAGCAUCUGAUCCGGACUCGCUGAGGAGGAGAAGAAAGGAGGAGGAGAAGGAGGUGUGAAUAUAUGAAGAAAAGAGGAAAUAAUAAAGGGAAUUUGAAAUAAAAACGUAGGAAAUAGCUACACUGCUGGCGGGGAAUCGAGGACUGAGCAGGAAUGUUACCGGUGAUCCUGACAGUCUAUCUCAAUGACACCCAGCAGAUGUUAACUGAGGUCCCAGUUACUCCAGCAACAAGAGUGGUUGAUGUGGUGGAGUACUGCAAGGAGGCUGGUGAGGGGGAUUGUCACCUGGCCGAGGUCUGGAAUGGACAAGAGCGAGCUCUUCCUCCGGAGCUGUUAUUGUUGGACCUUCUUCAGCGGUGGGGAGCCAGGAGGCCCGAGGUCAGCUUCUACCUCAGACACUGCCCCCCCUGGCCUCAAGAUGGUCCGCAGUUGGAGCAGAGCUGGACCACGGAGGCUGCAGAGAGUCCCAGUGAUAAGGUUCCCCGUGUGGAGCUGACCCUCUCUGAGCUCCAGGAAAUGGCCACAAGACAGCAGCAACAAAUCGAGGCUCAGCAGCAGAUGUUGCUGGCCAAGGAGCAGAGGCUGCGGUAUCUCCAGCAGGGCGGCAAAUCUAACCAGGGACAGACUCAGCCUGAAGCUGAGAAGCUGCAGCGGCUGAAGGAGCGCAUGGAGACGCAGGAGGCGAAGCUGAAGAAGAUCCGAGCCAUGAGAGGACAGGUCGACUACAGCAAAGUGAUCAACGGAAAUCUAUCUGCAGAGAUCGAUCAUGUCUCAAGCCUGUUUCAAGAAAAGCAGGCGGAGCUGCAGACUGCUGUAAUCCGGGUCGAUCAGUUGACUCAACAGCUGGAAGACCUGAGGAGAGGACGCCUUCAGCUCCACUCUGGAGCACCAGUUCAGGGAGUAUUCCCAGGAACCCAGGGGGCCGCUCAUAAAGGAUCCCCUUUGUCUGGUCCUGCAGCUGUGGAGCUGAGGAAACUUUACCAGGAACUGCAGGCCCGUAACCGUCAUAAUCUGGAGCAGAGCAGCAAGCUGGCUCAGAAUAAGGAGCUGCUGAACAAGAGGAAUGCCCAGGUGUCGGUGAUGGACCAGCGCAUCGGGGACUUGAGGGAGCGACUGCAUAAAAAAAGAGCAGAAUUGAGCCGUAUGAACGGUGGAGCCCCGGCUUCCCCCCAGAAUUCACCCCAACCAAGUGGUGGCGUUUCGGGCCGAGUGGCGGCUGUCUGCCCCUACAUCCAGGUUCCUGCUGAGGGGAAACAGGAGGCGGGUUACCCUCUUUCUGCUGACCCCCCGUCCAAACCCACCCCCCUGAACCAUGUCCGUUCUGCCUCAGAGGAGGACAGAAGUGGGAUCAGGAAGCCCCCCAGCCAGUGGAAAGUGUCAGAUUUAGACAUCGUCCUGUCUGAGCCCGCAGAGACGUGGCAGGAAACUCUGUCCUCUAAAGGGGAGGACAGUAACAACACAAAUGAAGCGUCAUGGCCGAGCAUCAGUAAAGGUGUACCAGACUGGAGAACCGGCAGUCCAGAACAGCUCCCCUCUGGUUAUGGGACAUACCCCAGCGCCACCCACCAGGCAGCGGGGCAUCACUGUGCAACAAGCUCCCUGCCCCGCUCUGCUCCCGGCACUCUGGGCUGGCCCCGAUCCAGCGUCACAAACGGCGCCUCCUCCCCAUCGUCAUCGCCCAAUUCCCAGCAAAUACAGCAGCGCAUCUCCGUCCCUCCUCAUUCAAGCCAAGGUUCUGCCAUCUCCUCUCAGCCAACUCCAGCGUCUCCACAAACGGAGCGCACAGAUCCCCCCCCAGCAGUGGCCGUGCGCCCCUUCGUGCACGACCACUCGUCCAGGCCGCAGUCGCCCAGAAAGGGCCCAGCCACCAUGAACAGCAGCUCCAUCUACAGCAUGUAUCUCCAUCAGCCUCAGGCCACAAAGUAUGGCUCUCUCAGCAACAGAACUACCGUCAAAGCCGUUUACGGAAAACCCAUCCUUCCCUCCUCGUCCACCUCUGCGUCUCCCGUCCCCUUCUACCAGGGGGGAAGAGGAACGAAAGCGAGUGGAGAGGAUGUCAUGGAUAAAGGAGUAAAAGGAGAGAGCGGGGAUGGGAAAAUCCUUCCUCCACCCAGCGUGGACAACAUCCCUCGUCCACUAAGUCCUACUAAGCUCACCCCAGUGGCUCACUCGCAGCUCCGAUACCAGAGUGAUGCCGAUCUGGAGGUUCUCCGGCGGCGUCUCAGCAACGCUCCACGACCCCUGAAGAAGAGAAGCUCCAUCACUGAACCCGAGGGCCCUCAGGGGCCCAACAUCCAGAAGCUGCUUUACCAGAGAUUCAACACAUUGGCUGGAGGCAUGGAGGGGGUUUCGGCCAACACUUUCUACCAGCCUGACAGUCUGUUAGGAGAAACCGACAUCAUCCAUUCAGCUAACGGAGGUGCAGAUCCCAGUGACAAGCAUGUCAGCAUGGCGGCUGUCGAGGUCAAAGGUCAAAAAGUGAGCCUGGAGCCCCGCCGCUCGUCUCCUCCUUUAUCCACUCCGGAAGCAUCCAAAGAGGCGGCCUCAGCGGAGAGCAGCAGCAGCCACGUCUCCUCCUCUCCACCCAUCAGCACAGCUCCUGCACCUGCAAAGCUGGACGACCAGAACAACAACCACCAAAGAGGAUCCAGUCCUGGUCACAACGCAGAGAGACACAACCCCCCCUCUCCGCUGCCCCCUGCCCCUCCCUCACUGCCCAAGACAAAGCGGAGCAACCUGAAGAAGCCUUCAUCGGAGCGGACGGGACACGGUCUGAGGGUGAAGUUCAACCCUCUGGCUCUGCUGCUGGACGCCUCCUUAGAGGGGGAGUUUGAUCUGGUGCAGAGGAUCAUCUAUGAGGUGGAAAACCCCAGCAUGCCCAACGACGAAGGCAUUACUCCCCUCCACAACGCCGUCUGCGCUGGUCACCACCACAUCGUGAAGUUCCUGCUGGACUUUGGAGUCAACGUUAACGCGGCCGACAGUGACGGAUGGACUCCUCUUCACUGUGCCGCCUCGUGCAACAGCGUUCACCUCUGUAAGAUGCUGGUGGAGUCCGGAGCGGCCAUUUUCGCCACAACAAUCAGUGACGUUGAAACUGCAGCGGACAAAUGUGAAGAAAUGGAGGAGGGCUACACUCAGUGUUCUCAGUUCCUGUAUGGUGUGCAGGAGAAGUUGGGUGUGAUGAACAAAGGCUUGGUGUACGCGCUGUGGGACUACGCCGCCCAGGAGGCCGACGAGCUCUCCUUCAGCGAGGGGGAUGCCAUAACGGUGCUGCGUCGCCGUGACGACACUGAAACAGACUGGUGGUGGGCACGACUGAACGACCGCGAGGGAUACGUUCCCAGAAACCUCCUGGGGCUGUAUCCAAGGAUCAAACCCAGACAACGCUCGCUGGCAUGAAGCCCAGACCACCAGACACGCCGGCAGAAGCCACGUGCACGCCGAAACACGACAAAGAGAAAGAGGAGCAUGCAGUUCGGAAACAGAGACGGAAAACUGAACUGAGGAUGGGAAAGAAAAUGGCAGAGACUGCAUUUAGUCUGAAUGUAGCAGAACCAAUUCAUGGUAGAAGCAUUGUUUUUUUUACCGGCCUGGAUUCCUGGAUCCACUGCUCGACCGGCUUCACAAGAAUUCAGCAGCAUGUGAAAGGUGCUGAAAAAAAAAUUCAAUUUAACUUUUGGAUGCAACUUCAACUUUAAAGCAGCUUUAGAAAAUGAAAAAUAUGAUGUUUUCAAGUUCUAUGUGAUAUUCUCCAAAGAAUUUACCAUUAGCCGUCACUUGACCUUUUUUAUGGUUUUAAUAGCCAAAGAAAAAAUGGUGAAAGGAGGUGAAAGAAAGUGCAUUUUGAAUGUGAAGAUGGAGAGAAAGGAAGACAAAAGGUGUAUGAAAGUUCUCGAUUGGGUGAAAAAAGGGUUUUAUUGGAAGUCAUUUUCAUGUCAAUGUUGUUUUGACAGUGAAAAGCAGAAGAAAAGAAGUAAGUGGGUUUAAAAAGUGGCUGAUUUUUAUAGUUCAGAAUAAAGAGGCAGGCUCCUAUUAUAACAGACAACUGACUGAAUUCACUGAUGAGAUAAAGUGUUCCCUAAAAACAAAAACCACAGUGUUAAAAGAUUUAAUCAGCUCUUAUUAAGUCAGCCUCUGUUUCGAAUGUAACAAACUAUGAAAUGUUUCAGUGUUAUUAUUUUUCUCACCUUUUCAUUAGUGUUAUGUUUAAUAACCCUUAAGUUUAUUUAAAACAAAACAAUUUUUUUGUAUUUCUAUGAAUAAAUAUAACUAGUAUACCUUUGAUUUUCUGUCAAUAAUGACUCGCUUCUGCCACCUAGUGUACAGAAAGGGUUUGACAAAUGAAAGAUCUGGUUACCAAACCCCCUGCUGUAUGAAAUAUGAAGCAAUAAGCUGAAGGAUGUUUGAUGUGAUGGUUGAAGAUGAUUUUUUUGAGUAUGAAUCAUCACUCUGUGUAUAUGCAAGCUGUAACUGUACAUGUAAUGUGCAAUAAUAAAAGUUUAAUCCCUG